UGGAGUGGAGUUCGGUGCCAGCUCAGAGGGCUUUGUGCGCCUCUGCGUUACAAGCUCAUCGGGCAUAGAAGUGCAGUACAACACUCGAUUUGUUUUGCCUGCGUUGCCCAAGCGCCGCCCACGAUGUAGCGCCGUGGCAGGCCACAAGAGCCGCGGUUGUGCAUGGUGGUCGCCCAUUCAAUCGCUAUCCAGGCUGCUUAUCUUGCUCCAAGUGACACAUUCCUGCCGACUUUAGCCAUAAGCAAUCAUAACAAGAGUUGAUCGGCAGAGGAGCAAAGCGUCAAGUUGCCAGCAACAAACAGCACGUUUACAAACGUCAGGAUUCUUGAAUUGAGCGACGUUAUAGUGGCUUGGGGAGAUGAUGGGAAAAGAUAAGGGCCAUGGUCCGAAACGUCGCCUGUGCCAGUCCAGUAUAUAUUAAAACAAUAUUUUCGCGCAACAAUUUAGGUUCAAAAUGAAGGCAAUGCAAUUCCUGAUUGGGGUUGACUCAACCCAUUACCCGUUUAGGGAUCAAUACACCAGGUAAGGCCCACUGAUCGAACCUCUCUUUUCAGCAGCGACCUGCCUACAAGUGAAAGCUCAACGAAUAGGAAAUGUACAGCAGCCAAAUACUCUGAACGCGUGUUGUCGAUUCUAAAUGUGGACCGAGAAACCACACGACAACGGAGAGAGAGAGACGCAAACUCCAAAUAAACAACAGCAGCAGCAGCAGGGAGCUAACAUCUCACCACGAUCCACGAUGUGGGGCUAGGGGAUACGUGGAUAGAAGCACGCAUCCCCGCCAUGGUAAUGUGGAAUUUCCACCACUGCCUGUGCAGGAGGACUGUAAACGGGCGAAGAUCAUUGCUGUCUGAGUUGUUUGGUUGAGCGAGGAAGACUUUCGUUGUUGUACCUUCCUUACCCCGUGUCUCGACUGGACGACUGUGACAAGAAAACUUCGUAGAUCAUCGGAUUCCCUCCUCCAGUAUAGAUAAUAAUUAUUAUUAUCACAUUCAGAUUCCGAAUUGAAAUACAAACGUCACAACGCCCUGGACUGGACGGAGGCCGCCACUGGGUCUGCUUCUUCAUCACCACCAACAUCAUAUCAUCAUCACCACCAUCAACAUCAACCACCAUCGUCAUCAACUAAAAUCAACCACCAUCAUCACUACCAAUAUCACCACCAUCAACAUCAUCAAAAUCAAUCAACAUCAACCAUCAUCAAAAUCAACCACCAUCAUCAUCACCACCACCACCAUCAUCAAUACCAACCACCAUCAACAUCAUCACCACCAUCAUCAUCAAUAUCAACCACCAUCAUCAUCAAUAUCAACCACCAUCAUCAUCAAUAUCAACCACCAUCAACAUCAUCACCACCAUCACCACCAUCAUCAACCACCAUCAUCAAUAUCAACCACCAUCAUCACCACCACCACUACCACCGCCGCCGCCACUGCCGUGGGGCAGCGCUCGUCCCCUGCUGGACCCGGUUCCGGGCUCGAGACGGCGGCUCGCAACUCUCCGAUGAACGUGGCCGCUCCGCUCCGCCGCCUUCUUCACUCCGCCGCCGCCUUCUUCACUCCGCCGCCGCCUUCUUCACUCCGCCGCCGCCUUCUUCACUCCGCCGCCGCCUUCAACUCCGCGACUUAAACGCGACAUCGGACGCCGUCGGUCGUGCGCCUCUCGUCGCUUCCAGCGGCCGCCGGGUCGGUCGUCGUUCCCCGCCUGUCGAGCACGCGGUGGAGGUGAAAGGGCCGAACCCAUGCGCCGAUCCCAGUGAAAGGAGAGAAGACUGAGAAGAACCACUGGUACAUUGGGAGGAGCAGAAUGAAGGGCUCCGUACAGAAUGCCGUGGCCAAGGCAGUGCCGCAGGCCUCGGAGGCCGCACCCGACGCUGUGUCAGUGGGACCAGGACACCUGGAGGCCACCAAGGACGGGGGCUGCGAGUUCAUGGUGCCUGAGUCGUGGAGGCACUCGGUCAGCCAGGCCUUGCUGGCGCUGUUUGAGAAGGAGCAGCUGUGCGACGUCACAAUCAAGGUGGGCGCUAAGCGGAUCCCGUGCCACCGUGUGGUGCUGGCGUCAGCGGUGCCCUACUUCCGCGAUAUGUUCCUGUCGGACAUGCUGGAGACGCGGCAAGGGGAGGUGUCACUCCAGGACCAGCAGCUGGAGGAGGGCGCCGUGGAGGCGAUUGUGCGCUUCGCGUACGAGGGCCGUGCCCGGCUGGCGCCCGACGGCGUGCAGGCGCUGCUGUACGCUGCGUGCAUCCUGCAGGUGGAGGUGUUGGUGGGCGCCUGCUCCACCUACAUGCAGAGGAACCUGGAUGCGUCCAACUGCCUCGGCGUGCGCGCCUUCGCGGAGAUGCACAAUCUGAAGAAGUUGAUGUCGGCGGCGGAUGACUUUACGCGAGAGAACUUUGGCGCAGUGGCAGUGGCGGAGGAGUUCUUGGACGUCUCUCCGUCCCACCUGGUGGCCCUGCUCUCAUCCUGCGACCUGAGCGUGGUCGGCGAAGUGCAGGUGUACGAGGCCACCAUGCGUUGGCUCCGCAGAAACUCGCAGCACCACGAGCGAUGGCUCCCCACCAUUGCCGAGCAGGUCCGCUUCCCGCUGCUGCCGCUGGACUUUCUGAUGCGCACGGCAUUCCGCGAGGAGCUCCUCAAGCGCAACAUUCGGUGCCGGGAUCUUUUGGACGAAGCCAAGAACUUCCACCUCCACAUGCAGCACCAGGACGAGCUGACCGAAUUCGAGUUCUCUGUGCGCACCACACCGCGAAAGAGUGCUGCCGGAGUGCUCUUCUGCGUGGGUGGCCGGGGAAGCAUGGGAGACCCUUUCCGGAGCAUCGAAUGCUAUGACCUGCAGACUGGAAGCUGGUUCCUCGCUGCCGAGAUGAACAGUCGCAGGCGACACGUGGGCGUCAUCUCUGUGGGAGGGAAAGUAUAUGCGGUGGGUGGACACGAUGGCAAUGAGCACCUGACAAGCAUGGAGAUGUUUGAUCCUCUCACCAACAAGUGGAUCCCCAGGGCCUCGAUGAACACCAAAAGACGAGGAAUAGCUCUGGCGGCACUGGCAUCGGGCCCCAUCUACGCCAUCGGGGGGCUGGACGACUCGGCCUGCUUCCAGACGGUGGAGCGAUACGACGUGGCGGCCGACUCCUGGAGCACCGUGCACUGCAUGAACCUGCCGCGUGGGGGCGUGGGCGCCGUCGCUCUUGGGCGCUACAUCUACGCUGUGGGUGGGAACAACGGGCAAACAUCUCUUGCGACCGUGGAACGAUACGACCCUCCGCUGGACAAGUGGGAGGAAGUGAAGGGAAUGAAGCAGCGUCGGGCUGGUGCAGGCGUGACUGUACUCAACCGCUGCCUCUACGUUGUGGGUGGCUUUGAUGACAAUGCACCCUUAAACUCGGUGGAAAAGUACGACCCCCAGAAGGACCGGUGGGAGGAGGUGGCAGAUCUCACAACGCCACGUGGAGGCGUAGGGGUGGCCACACUUAUCGGAAAGAUUUUUGCAGUAGGAGGCCACAACGGCAGCACCUACCUCAACACGGUGGAAGCCUACGACCCUCUCACUAACAAGUGGGAAGCAGUGGGCUCUAUCUCGCAGUGCCGGGCGGGAGCUGGAGUGGCCAUCUGUGCCUGCUCCAUCAAGCAAAUCCGAGAAGUCGCACAAGGCACAGGGGGAGUUGCCGACUGCAUGUGACCAAAUUGUGCACACGUGGGUCUCUGGAGCACGGGCCACAGUUACAGUGGCAUUCUCUUGUUAUUUUCGUGGUAUUUUCCCAGUUUUUGUUUCAAUUGUGCUGUUACAGUAAUUUUCACAAGGUGACACAUAACACUUGGAUCUCUUGCAGAGCAGUACAUACUCUGUAAGUGAAUGGCCAGCAGAAGGAGAUGUCAUGGAACUGCUUUUGAAGUCCCUGAAUGUUACCCCAGAUUCAGUGUUUAAACGAAAUGUUACGCGAUGGGUUUUUUUGUGUAGUCGUUGCUGAUUGGAUUAAAGCUUCAGCUCACUACUGCUCUUGGUGUUUAACCUCACAGUAGCUUUUGUAAGAUGGUCAAGUUGUAAAAGCUGUGAUAUUAAUGAUUGAUUUCCAAUGUGUUACAAGUAUUCUUCAAUCAAUAUAUGCUCCAUUAUUGUAUGUAGUGUUUUAGCUAGUACAAUUGCAUGUUUUUUUUUAUUUGUUGCCACUUUAAUAUGGAAAUCUCAUUGUAGACAUGAAACAAGAAAACUUUUCGCAACGAGACUUCAGAAACUGUAAUGUUUCGUUUGAAAUUAAAUUCUAUUCAUCUAUCUUUGCUAAUAAUUCAAUAAUAUUUCCAUUAUUUACAUUAAUAUGAAAUGUUUACUAUUGUGUCAUAUGAUCUCUUGGCGCAGCUCGAGAGCUGCAUAUUGCUAAAGAAGGUUAUGAAAAGGAACACAUGUUCACUGAAUUGUUGUGCACUUUGUGUGAUGAGUUGCACUUGGCUUUAAAAAGUUACAUGUUACAUACAUGGUGUUGUGCCUAACACUAUUUAAAUACGAGUCGUAUUUGACAUUUCACGUUUUGUAAGCUCAUGCUGUCAAUUUGUUAUUGACCUGUAUAAGCCAUAUGAUGUUUGUUUUGGCAUACUUUUCAUAUACAUAAACAGUACAGCCCUUUUGUCGCUAUACUGCUGGAUGAGGGCUUUCCCGGGCCUUGUGGGUCGUGGGGAUUAUUUGACCAUACUUGACGUUGAUCAUUUGUCGUUCGUGAAGGCAGGGAGCAUACAAAUGUGGUAGCAUAGAAGAACAAUACAAUACAUUUUUCCUGAACUGCCCUCUCUGCUGCCCGGAAUGUAUACGUUCCUUUAUAUGCCUGUAAUUGAAUGUCAAUGCUUUACAUGUAUCAGUGUGAUGGUGUAUUAAGAGAUUGCACAUUUCAGGGUUUCAUGUCUGCUGCCAUAAAAGAUGUUGGAGACAAUCCUCUUAAAUGAGCCACAUGCCAUAUAAAUCACAUGGAAGUUAUAAGAAGCCAUCGUGUUCUAUGUAAACGCUACUGAAAGUAAUUUUUAGUUUCGUUGUUGCAAGUAAAAACAAUUGUUAGAAACUGUAGUUUAACACAUUCAUGUGCACCAUUUGUUAACAAAUUAUUCUUUGAAUGUUGCUUACAGAAGCUGCUGGAUGUAUUCCUGUGAAGGGCCAAUGAUUUAAACCUCUUUACGAAAAAUAUAUUUUGUAAGCAUAUUCAUGCGCACCACUGGAAUUGAGCAUAUAGGUUAACAUGUCGUCUUACGAGUAUGGAUUUAACAAGGCUGAAUUACUGAAUAUUUUCCGGAUCGCUGGUAGACUGGUGUAAGCUAGUGGCCACAGCCACAGAGAGGGGCGUGCUGGAUGUGUUCUCAAGUCUCGUCAUAUUUUCCAGUUAACUACACCAGACCCGGCUAAACGUAAGCCCUGGAUGUAAAAUAAUAAGAAAUAAACUAUUUAACAAUUGAA